AUGGGUGUCACCGGUCUUUGGACUAUCGUCCAACCCUGCGCUCGUCCUACUCCCCUCCCAGCUCUAAAUCGCAAACGUCUCGCCGUCGAUGCCUCAAUUUGGAUCUAUCAAUUCCUCAAAGCUGUACGCGAUAAAGAAGGGAAUGCCCUUCGAAAUUCACAUAUCGUGGGAUUCUUCAGAAGGAUAUGCAAAUUAUUGUUUCAUGGAAUUAAACCAGUUUUUGUAUUCGAUGGUGGCGCACCGAUAUUAAAACGUCAAACGGUUCUAGGUAGAAAAAGAAGGAGAGAAGGGAGGAGAGAAGAUGCUGUUCGGACGGCAGGGCGAUUAUUGGGAGUACAGAUGAAAAGAAGAGCGGAGGAGGAAGAUAGUGAGAGGAAGAAGAGAGAAAGGGAAGGGAGAAAUAAACCUACGGUCGAGGAAGAAGAAGUUGUGCCGGAAGAACAAUUGGCGUAUGUCGAUGAGAUAGGGAUGUCAGCACAAGAACGACAAACGAGUCGAAAAUUCUAUAAAAAGGAUGCAUAUCAUUUACCCGAACUUACAAAUGGGAUAGAAGGGAUGGGAAGGCCGGAAGACCCGAGAAUCAUGAGUGCGGAGGAAUUGGAAGAAUAUGCGAGACAAUUCCACAGUGGGGAAGAUGUUAAUUUGUAUGAUUUCAGCAAGAUAGAUUUUAAUGGGGAGUUUUUUAUGAGUUUGCCGGCUGUGGAUCGGUAUAAUAUUUUGAAUGCGGCCAGGUUGAGAAGUAGAUUGAGGAUGGGGUUGAGUAAGGAACAAUUGGAAGAGAUGUUUCCAGAUCGAAUGGCGUUCUCGAGAUUCCAGAUUGAGAGGGUUAGGGAGAGGAAUGAAUUAACCCAGAGGUUGAUGAAUUUGAAUGGGAUGAAUUCUGAGGAGCAUAUGUUUGGGGUCAAUGGGACGAAUAGAAUUGCGGGGGAGAGAGGGAGAGAAUAUGUUUUGGUUAAGAAUGAUGGAGUUGAAGGUGGUUGGGCACUAGGCGUGGUUUCAUUAGAGAAAGGGAUGGGUGAUAGGAAUAAACCCAUUGAUGUGGAUGAUUAUGAUAAGAGGAAGAAUAAGGUUAAUUUGGUAUCAGAAUCGGAGGAGGAUGAUUUUGAGGAUGUUCCUGUGGAGGGCUUGAACCGAUUACCGAAAGCUAGAGAUAAUGGGCUGAAUUUGACUUAUAGCGAGUUUCAAGCAAGAGAAGUUGCGAAUAGGAGAAGGGAAUACGAAAACUCGAGAAGAGAGUCAGAUCGGCGGCCAGUAAGGAAACCAUCUGAGGAUCCUGAUUCUCUUUUUGUGGAUGAUACAGGUGGACAACCGCGCCCUAGUACGACGAAUGCUACUUAUGAUGAUGAAGACGAAGAUAUCAAUCGUGCGAUCGCUAUGUCAUUGCAGCAAGACCAAGGCCAAGAUGAUGAGCUUGAUGAGGAAGAUCAUUUAAAACGGGCCAUUGAGUUAUCACUGCAGAAAGGACAUGGUCAAGAGGAAGAGGGAGAUGAUCCGUUUGAAGAUGUUCCCAUGCUGGAAUACGAGCAAAGAGCAGUAGCAGAUGCUAGACCUCUCACCAAAUCGAGCGGGAAAAUGAUUGCUCAUAUGGUCAAUAAUAGAGCUAAUGCUGCUGUACCGAAACGGAAAGAAGAUAGCGAAACACUGGAUAGUGACAGUGAUAGCGAUAUGGACUUUCAAGCGGCAUUGAGGAAGGCAAGAACACAGAAAGCGCCGGAAAAAGUUCAAAAAAUAGCACCAGUUGCUGUAAAUAAGAAGAAUCCUUUCGAUGGCCCGUUGCCGUUUGAGAGUCUUCAGUUUAAAUCUUCCCUUUUUGGCAAGAAGAAACAACCAGAGAAGUUGGCUGUAGAUCCUCAAGAAGAGGAUGAAGAGGCACUUGCUGGUGGUUUCGAAAAGGAAGAUGAAGAAGAAAAAGCAAAACCUUUACCUCCAUGGCUACUUGGCAAUGAUGAUAUCAGGUCACAGGUUCAACAGCAACAUAAAGCUCCUACGCUUGAAGUGGCAAAAGAGAGUGUGGAUGAUUUGACAGAUGCUGCUAGAGCUGAACCAUCAAAAUCUGAUAUUUCUCAGGACAGACAGCUACCGGUUCAAUCCUGUGCAGAAAAUACAAUUGAUUUGCUACAGGAUUCUGAUGAGCCGGUUGAAUGGUCGGAAAGCGAUCAUGGGGAUGUUAUCCCUAAGCCUAAGAAAACUUUAGAUGCAAGUAACACUACGUCAGUGAGCAUAGAACAGAAUUCUUCGAAAUCAAAAUCACCAUCUCCCGUCUUCGAAGAUGUCGAUCUUCCUGAUGUUCAAGCAACUGAGCCUAUUCAACCUUUGGCUUCUACAAGAAAAAGCCCAUCGCCAGUGUUUGAAGAUGUUGAUAUGACGAAUUCUACAACUUUCUUAUCAUCCGGCCCAACAAAGCCUCCCCAACCACCCGUUGACGAUGCAUACGACCGCCAAGAAGCCGAGACAAUUCCAGACGAAUUCGAUUUCAGUGACCCAGAAGAAGAAGAACUCAUGACCCAACUUGCUAUUGAAGCAGAAGAGCAUGCUAGAUUUGCCAGUACCCUGAACAAUAAAUCCGAAAAAGAAAAUCAUGAUUCGUAUGAAAAAGAACUCAAAGCUUUACGAAGUCAACAAAAGAAAGAUCGUAGGGACGCGGAUGAAGUAUCGCAUAUUAUGAUCACGGAAUGUCAAGCUCUACUUCGUUUAUUUGGAAUCCCUUACAUCACUGCACCGAUGGAAGCAGAAGCUCAAUGUGCUGAAUUGGUACACCUUGGUCUUGUAGACGGUAUAGUUACAGAUGAUUCGGAUAUCUUUCUUUUCGGCGGUACACGCGUUUAUAAGAAUUUAUUCAAUAGCAAUAAACUCGUUGAAUGUUAUCUCUUAUCCGAUCUUGAAAAAGAACUUUCUCUCUCCAGAGAUCAACUUAUCUCAAUUGCACAUUUGCUAGGUUCAGAUUACACAGAAGUUGGUUGGAGUCAGGAGAGAGUAGAUGAGAUACUAGUACCUGUUAUCAGGGAUAUGAAUAGACGAGAGUUGGAGGGGACUCAAAGUAAUAUUACGAGGUUUUUUGAGGGUGGUGUGGGGGUGGGAGGUUUGGGUACUGCUAGUGCUGGAGGCGGAGAAAGGGAAAAAGGGGGAAGUAAGAGGAUGAGAGAGGCGGUGGGGAAAUUGAAGGCGAAGAAAAAGGGGAAUGCGUUGAAGGAUCGAGGGACUUUUGCUGAUGAUGCGAGGGAGUGGGCGAAGAGGAAUGAAUUGAGUGUUGGGGCGCAGGAGAGGAAGAAAGCUGAGAGUGCAGGUAGAAAAGGGAGUGGGAAAGGGAAGGGAAAGGGGAAGAAGAGGAGUGUGGAGGAGAUGGAUGGGGGUGAGAAUGAGAAUGAGGAUGAAGAUCAAGACAAAGAUGCAGAUGAAGAUGCAGAUAUCGAAACAGAAGAAAAUGAACCAGAUGAUGAAGAUGAAGAAGAGACUGCAACAUCUACACCAAAACCAUCGCGCUCGCGCUCUACCUCUGGAAAAGCGACGAGUAGGGGAAAGGGUAUUAAUAAAACCCAGGGACAAGGUCCUAAACGGAAAAAGAUGUAG